AUGGUAAAUUCGAACUUGGCGGGAGUUGAAGUGUUAGAUUUGCAGGACUCUCGCGCUAUCAGCCUAUCCGACAACGACACAACAAAUGGAAGUUUUCAGGCCUGUGAAGAAAGCGUUUCAUGCGAUGAAGAGAGUGUGCUUCAAAAUGUCGUUAAACUUUUGGAUUCAUUAACGCGCCAAUUCGAAAAACACCGAACUGAGACGUCUGUUGUUCUAAACGAACUUGUUAAUAUAUAUGAAAAUCAAAAAAGUCCGACGGCAACUGAAAAUCUUACUAAGGAAAAUAGAUUAUUGAAAGAAGAAAACAAGGCUCUUCAAACAGAACUAACAAAAUGUAAAGAUACUUUAACCGAACUAAAUACAAAGCUGACGGAUACUGAAAGUGAGAAAUCAAGCCUCUUAACUGUUAUUAGGUUGCUGAAUGAAGAGCAAGCCACUGUAAUCUGUUCAAAUAAGGAUGAAUCUAGUCAAGCGCAACAAAUACGGAGCUCAUGGCAAAUAGCUGGCCGCAAAACCACAAGUCAAAGUGUUGGUCACCAUAUAAAUUUGAGCAAUAAGUACUCUACCUGGCAAAUUGAAGACGACGAUGAGGCAGUAAUGAGCGGUGACGCUGGAAAUAAUCAAACCUUAGUUCCGAAGAAGACUCCAACUAUAGACCACGAAAAGAAAAGACGAUUGAAAAACACCCUAAGAAAUAUCCAAGACACAAAGCAAAAUUCCUUACCAAUCAGCAACCAACGUGAUACUAUCCAACCGAAGAAACAACAAUGUGAUGUAGUUUUGGUGGGUGACUCCAUGAUUAAGCAUGUUGAUGUCCGAAAACUUCGUCAUGGCACAAACAAACAGGUAACUGUUCGUACUUUUUCUGGGUGUAGAACCGACGAAAUGGCUCACUAUAUAAAGCCGACACUUGCUUUAAAACCGAAGCAAGUUAUUAUUCAUGUUGGGACGAAUGAUCUCAAAACAAAAUCACCGGCUGAAAUUAUUUACAACUUAAAAAACCUGGGCAAUCAGGCAAAACAAGAAAACCCCGGCACUGAUGUCUCACUCUCACAGAUAAUAAUUAGAAGUGAUGACACAAGAUUGCAAAAUAAAUUAGUUGAAGUCAACAAAUGCAUACAAGAUCUUUGCGAACAAGAGAAUUGGGGUCUUAUUGACAACAGUAAUAUCAGUAAUAUGCAUUUGAAUCCGUAUGGACUACACUUAAACAAACGUGGCUCUGCUAUAUUAGCAAAAAAUAUCAAAUUGCAUAUAACUAACAAUAUAGAUAACUAUUGA